AUGGAGAUUAAGCCCAUUCUAAAACCAAGAAUUUUCUCUUCUUCAUCAUCUUCUUAUUCUACUCAAGUAGGCUGGUUUAAUGAGUUAGGAAAGAAAAAAAAGAUUAUCAGUUUACCAUCUAUUGUGCAAGCCGGUGACCCGGUUCUUCAUGAACCCGCCCGAGAAGUCAUGGUUGGAGAAAUCGGGUCGGAGCGUAUCCAGAAGAUAAUUGAUGAUAUGAUUCAAGUUAUGAGAAGACGACCCGGAGUUGGCCUUGCUGCUCCCCAAAUUGGUAUUCCUUUAAAAAUUAUUGUAGUGGAGGAUACUAAAGAAUACAUAGUACAAGAACCAGAAGAAGAGACCAAGGCACAUGACAGGCAUCCUUUUGAUCUUAUGGUUAUUUUGAACCCAAAACUUAGAAAAAAGAGCAACAAGUCAGCAUUGUUUUUUGAAGGCUGUUUAAGGUAUGGAUCAUUUGCUCGCAACAAGGUAUCUAACUUACGUUGUUUUAGUCGGAUCGGCGCUACAGAGCUCCCCAACUAAACCCCCGAAGGCACGACAUUUAAUUGGGAUAAAACUCUGUCCCUUUUACAGGACUCAAACCUGCUCUGUAAAACUUUAUUUGUGAAAUUUUUAGAAAUGUCUUGUCGAUGUCUCGAACUUGAGACCUCAAGCAUUUAAAGCUAGUGCUUAAUCAUUGAACUAUAAUGGAAACUACUAUUUGGAUUAUCUGUACCAUAAUAUAAAAAGCUAUGCAUGAAUAUACAUUAUACAUUG